GGUUUUUGUUCACAAAUAAACUUUGUGACCACGGUGGAAAUACCUUUUAAAAGUAGCCUGGGCAGGACAGACAGCAAGCGCCAGUCCAGGCGCCAUCCUCCAGCGCAGCACAGGCACCAGCAGCCCUUCUGGGACAGAACCACCUGCCGUGGCCCCUUUGGACCUGCCGGGACCGGAGCAGGAUGAGGCGCUGGGCUGAAGAUCAAGGGGUGGCAGUGGCCACAGGAGAGGCUCGGGCGGGGGCACAGCAGGGGGGAUUGCAGGGUAGGGAUGGAAACAGGCAGAUGCUGCAGGUUGUGCCCGAGACACACGGGGAAGGCAGCGCUGAGAGCCACCGGGCAAGCAGGGCCACGCAGAGUGAACACAACUCCGUGCCAGAGGUCUUGGGAGCUGUGGGCCGGGCAGAGUUAUUGGAACUGCAGAGCCAAAAGGAAGACAGCUUGUGAUCCUCACAGUGUGUCCACUCCUCUCUCCGACCUCCAUCCCUGCCCUCAUCAAGACCUACAAAGCAAUUCCCAUCGCCGUGUGGACCUGGAAGGGAGAAAACAGCACUACCAUCGUAGCCUGCCCUUUCCGCAACCUGCCAGUGAGGCAGGAGGGAAAUCUGUAUGUGGAGUGAGUGAGAAGCGAGGAGGAAGCAAUCCAGAUUCCUGCCAUGAACCAGCUGGCACAUACAUUCCCAGCUCGCUGCUGCUGCUGGACUGUGGGAGGACCCCAGGAGUGCCUGAAGUGCCCCAGAGGGCUGGCACCAGCACUGGAAACCCAAGACACUUGCCGGGAACUUCUGUACCCCAGCAGUUCUGUGUGCUUCCAGCACAAAAUCCAGGCAUCCAGAAGAUAGUCUUCCAGGCUGAAGCUGCUCCAUGGCCAAAGCCUCUGUUCCCACAUCUACUCUGAAUCCCAGUGCCUUGGGGCAUCAUCCCAGCCCUGGCAGAGCCACAGUGUUAGGGAAGAUUUCCCCUGUUGUUUUACAGUGUCUCCAUGCCAGUACAGCAAUAAACCAGUCUGCAAUGGAUGGAAUGAACUCUCCUGCCUCUGCUUGUGAGAGGGAGGGAGAAGGUAUGAAUUGCAAGCAGGGAGGUCCCCAUCCAAUCUCAUAUCCUUCAGCAAGUCUUGCUCCUUGUUUGGCCACAACUUUACUACCAUUUUUAUAUCGACUCCUUGCAUUUUUUUUAUCUAUUUUUUUCCACCCUGCUGACUGCAUGAGAGGAAACGUCCAUGUUUAUCCCACUCCUUCUCUCUCGGGGAAUCUCUCUCAACCUGCCUGUGGCGGGGAGGCAACAUGGCUGCCAACAUGCCAGGAUGCAAGGUGAGGAGGUGAAUGGGGGA